AUGUCUUUAGAUCCUGGCGAAGAUCAUCUUACAGAUUAUCAUUCAAAUCAUCCUGACGAAAACCGAGAAAGGGGAGGAUCUCGGGUGAGGUUUGACCUGCCAGCCGACAACCAAAACCCAAAAUCCUCCAGACACAUCGCCAACCUCUACGAUUCCAUUGUUGGCCGGGUCAACACCAACGGAUUCAUCCCAGUAGCACCAUCUGCGACACGGUACGGUGACACGCAGUCUUCAGGUGGUCGCGAUCUCCGCCCUGAGGAGGUCUUAUACCGAAACAAGCCGAAAAAGUUGAAAAAGAUCCUGGAGGAUGAGUCUUACUUCGCUCAUGAAAAUCUUCCCGCCGAUCGCCCUCUCCCGAGCUCUGAGAUCUUGACUGCAGUCCACUCCUAUGCCUCCGACUUCUAUACACAUAAGGUUCGCGACGGGAAACACAACUUCCACAGUAUGGACGAGUCGGCCCUCCUUGCGGUCGGAAUUUUGAUGGAGGAAUUGGCCAAGGAACAACUCGGCGAAAAUGGAGACAUGGUUCUGACGGAAGGACAGUGGAGUAGUGAAGAUGAGACAGGCGAUGGUCCCCAAGUUGGACAGAAGAGACCGAGGGGCAAGACCCUUGAAGGUCCUGCCAGCUUAUACCAGCACGCGCAAGGUGUGAGGAGAAAAAUCAAACGUCAUCGAUUGACCAAAGCAGAGUACGAAGCUCUCCGCAAGGAAAAGGAGGCACCACGAAAUGGUUCUCCGCUGAAGAAGCAGAAGAGACAGGGACCUGUCUGA